AUGCUAUCCCGGCGCAAUCUCAUCAUCGUCGCCGCCUUCACCAUCUUUGCGUGCACCCUACUGCUCACCUCGCAGCGUCUCAACGGACCCUUCGGCCUGGACUAUUCGAAUCUGGGCAGCAAGCAAGGCCACACCGGCGCAGACGGCAAGCAGCCGUCGCAUACAACACCCCAUGGCUCGACGCACGCCGCCACCAUGACCGUCGGCCUCCCUCACGGCAACCCCAAGGAGACUCUCACCACGGCCCCGGCUUCCAAGGUCAAGCCAGGCUGCGAGAACUUUCCCGACAUGUCCAACAUCUUUGUCGUCCUCAAGACGGGUGCCUCGGAAUCCUACAACCGCAUCCCUACCCAGCUCAUGACCAACCUCAAGUGCGUGCCCAACUACGAAAUCUGGAGCGACAUGGAGCAGACCAUUGCUGGCCAGCACAUCUUUGACGCCCUGACCGAGGUCCUCCCCGACGUCAAGGCCCACGACGACUUUGAAAUUUACCACCACCAGGCCAAGUGCCCCAUCGACCAGGAGCACUGCAACAAGGGCUACGACACCGCCAACAAGGGCUGGUCGCUCGACAAGUACAAGAACAUCCACAUUGCCGAGACAAACUGGGCCAACCACUCCAACUUUGACUGGUACUUUUACAUCGACGCCGACACCUACGUUUCUUGGCCGACCUUGGUCGAGUGGUUCAAGCGUCUCGACCCCUCCAAGCCCGCCUACUUUGGCAGCGUCGCCCUGCUGGGUGGUUUCCCCUUUGGCCACGGCGGCAGCGGAUACGCCGUCUCCAACGCCGGCAUGAAGACCAUGUUUGACGGCAAGGACAAGGUUGCCAACAAGUACGACGAAGAAGCUACCAAGACCUGCUGCGGCGACUAUCUAUUUGCCUAUGCCAUCAAGCAAGAAGCCGAGCUGGAUGUCCAGAACAUGUUCCCUACCAUCAACGGCGAAAAACCCUACUCGAUGCCGUUUUACGAUGGUCACUGGUGCCAGCCCAUCAUCACUAUGCACCAUCUCGCGAGCGAAGAAAUCGACGAGCUCGACAAGUUUGAGCUCAACCGCCAAUUCAAGUCGCCAGUGCUCAUCAAGGACGUCUUCCACGACAUCAUCCAACCCAAGCUGCGCAACGACCAAGACAACUGGGAUAACACGAGCGAGGACGUCUAUUACUUUGACCCCAUGAGCCGCCAGUUUGACGAGACCGAGACGCGCCUGCGCAAGCAAUGGACGCACUACAACGAGGCCGAGAAAAAGGCGCACCUCGGCUUCGACGAGUGCCGUGCUGCGUGCCAGAGCCUCAAGGACUGCAUGCAGUUCCGCUUCGGCAAGGGAAUCUGCGCGACCUCGACAGCGGUGCGCUUCGGCAAGCCCGCCGAGGUGAGCCAGGAGGCGUCCGACAACUACAAGUCGGGCUGGAUGGUGCAGCGCAUCAACGACUGGGCCAAGAAGCACGACAACUGCGGCACCCCCAAGUUUCCCAAGCUGAAAUACGAGAAAGACGAGUGA